AUGUCGAGACGCCUUUCUAACAAAAGAUCUACCCGAGACCGAAGCAAAUGCCCAGAUGUAAGAAUUAUUGAAGCUGCCGUUUCAAAGCCAAUUCAAAUCCUUUUGCUACAAAUCGAUAUUAAAGAAAAGGAACUAGAAAAAAAUUUCGAAUUAAAAACUAUUCAUGAGCUUAUAGCUUUAUAUUCCAAAGCUAUAGAAAGUUUUGAAAUUAACGAAGAUUUAAGAUUCCAUGAAAUUCAGGAACGAAUGCAUAAGAUGCUGCAGAAGCCUCAGGUUACCCAAGCUUUAAAUCCUCAAAAAUACACUAAAAAACCCCCAAGGCCAAAGCCGAAAUUAGAAAUUGAAAUUUUAGAAGAAGACGACCCAGAUAUCAUACAAAAGCGAAUAAAUUCUGAAAGAAACAGAAAAAUCAUUGACCAAGGGCUGAUAAGGGAUUUAGAAGCCAUAAUGGACCGAAGUUUGAAUGAAAAAGUAAAUAAAAUUUCAGAAAUAAAAAUUGCAUAUGAAGUACAAAUGAGAGAAUUAGAAGGACAAGGCGAAAUUGAAGGCCAGCAAGGCCUAAUUGUAAAAGUUAUGGAACAAAUGAAAUAUGAUAUGGACGAAGAAAUCGAAAAAGUAAGCCAAGAGCUUGACUUGAAAAGACAAGAAGAAAUUCGAAAACUGCGAGAAGAGUAUGUUAAAAUUAACAUGUAA